AUGCCAGCUCGGAUCCAACAAAUCCCUACACUUGUGGAAAUUUUGACAUGGAUGAACUCUAUGGAGGAGGCGUGCACAGGAACCAUGACAAGAUCCAUGCAAUCCUGCCACAUGUCAACUGUUUUUAAAAAACUGGAGCACCACCAAAGAAGCAAGUGCACCACCAAACUUGGUAUGUGUUUCCUUGGAGCACAUUCCAACUUUGAUGUGUAUGAUGUGGACAAUCUCGAGCAUUUGCAGAUCAUCCCAGGCCGUGAGUCAAUGCCUCCUGGAUGCUGUGAGAUAAAGUACGGGUGGCCUGUUGUCAGCCAGGACUCAUUCGACGAGAUGAUGUGGGAAUGCCCUUGGGUAAAUAGUACUUCACUGGUUACCAUCAUCAUUCUCCCGUGA